AGGAGAAGUCGAAGAAAGAUAGCCGAAGCCUGGUCCUACUCCAGGUCCCUCGAACAGAGCUUUUUCCAUGUGGAGAAUCUCUCAAUGGACGUGCCCCCGAGUGCUUCUUAGACGGACUGCGGUCUCCUAAAGGUCGACCAUGGUGGCCGGGACCCGCUGUCUUCUAGUGUUGCUGCUUCCCCAGGUCCUCCUGGGCGGCGCGGCCGGCCUCAUUCCUGAGCUGGGCCGCAAGAAGUUCGCCGCGGCAUCCGGCCGCCCCUUGUCCCGGCCUUCGGACGACGUCCUCAGCGAGUUUGAGUUGAGGCUGCUCAGCAUGUUCGGCCUGAAGCAGAGACCCACCCCCAGCAAGGACGCCGUGGUGCCCCCCUACAUGCUGGACUUGUACCGCCGGCACUCGGGCCAGCCAGGAGCGCCCGCCCCGGACCACCGGCUGGAGAGGGCAGCCAGCCGCGCCAACACGGUGCGCAGCUUCCACCACGAAGAAGCCGUAGAAGAUCUACCAGAAGUGAGUGGGAAAACGUCUCGCCGUUUCUUCUUCAACUUAAGUUCUGUCCCCACUGAAGAGUUCAUCACAUCUGCAGAACUCCAGAUUUUUCGGGAACAGAUGCAGGAAACUUUGGGAAACAAUAGUUUCCAGCACCGAAUUAAUAUUUAUGAAAUUAUAAAGCCUGCAGCGGCCAGCUUGAAAUUUCCUGUGACCAGAUUAUUGGACACCAGGUUAGUGAAUCAGAACACAAGUCAGUGGGAGAGCUUUGAUGUCACCCCUGCUGUGAUGCGGUGGACUGCACAGGGACACACCAACCAUGGGUUUGUUGUGGAAGUGGCCCAUUUAGAGGAGAAGCCAGGUGUCUCCAAGAGACAUGUGAGGAUUAGCAGGUCUUUGCACCAAGAUGAACACAGCUGGUCACAGAUAAGGCCAUUGCUAGUGACUUUUGGUCACGAUGGAAAAGGACAUCCACUCCAUAGAAGAGAAAAGCGUCAAGCCAAACACAAACAGCGGAAGCGCCUCAAGUCCAGCUGCAGGAGACACCCUUUGUAUGUGGACUUCAGUGACGUGGGGUGGAAUGACUGGAUUGUGGCUCCUCCGGGCUACCAUGCCUUUUAUUGCCAUGGGGAAUGUCCUUUUCCCUUGGCUGAUCACCUGAACUCCACUAACCAUGCCAUAGUGCAGACGCUGGUAAACUCUGUGAAUUCCAAGAUCCCUAAGGCGUGUUGUGUCCCCACAGAGCUCAGCGCCAUCUCCAUGUUGUACCUAGAUGAGAAUGAAAAGGUCGUACUAAAAAACUACCAGGACAUGGUUGUGGAGGGUUGUGGGUGUCGUUAGCACAGUAAAAAUAAAUAAAUAUAUAUUUUAGAAAAAAUAAUAAACCCUACUCUCCCCCCUAUAAAACAGCUGACACUUUAAUAUUUCCCAAUGAAGACUUUAUUUAUGGAAUGGAAUGGAAAAAAACACAGCUAUUUUGAAAAUAUAUUUAUAUCUACGAAAAGAAGUUGGGAAAACAAAUAUUUUAAUCAGAGAAUUAUUCCUUAAAGAUUUAAAAUGUAUUUAGUUGUACAUUUUAUAUGGGUUCAACUCCAGCACAUGAAGUAUAAUGGUCAGAGUUAUUUUGUAUUUAUUUACUAUUAUAACCACUUUUUAGGAAAAAAUAGUUGUAUUUAUAUGUAAUCAAAAGAAAUAUCGGGUUUGUAUAUAAUUUUCCAAAAAAUUGUAGUUGUUUUUCAGUCGUGUGUGUUUAAGAUGCGAAGUCUACAUGGAAGGUCACUGGGCAAAGUGCUUGCACAUUUGCUUUUUGUUCUUUGCAGCACUACUGUUAAGUUCACAAGUUCAAGUCCAAAAAAAAGUGGAUAAUCCACUCUGCUGACUUUCAAGAUUAUUAUAUUAUUCAAUUCUCAGGAAUGUUGCAGAGUGCUUGUCCAAUCCGUGAGAACGUUCAUUCUUAUUAGGGGGAAUAUUUGGAUAAGAACCAGACAUUACUGCUCUGAUAGAAAAUCUCUCCUUGCAGAAAGAAUAAAGCAGGACCAGUGGAAAUAAUUAGGAAAACUGUGACCAUGUCGGGAAAUGAUAAUGGCGUCUUGUUCUUUCCUAAACCUAUGAUCCCUUCCAGGGGGCUGAUCUGGCCAAAGUACUAAAUAAAAUACAAUAUUUCUUCUUUAUUAACAUUGUGGUCAUAUAUAUGUACAAUUGAUUAUCUUGUGGCCUUCAUAAAGAAGUGGAAAUUGAUUUGUAUUUUGCAUUUAUCCCAUCAGCAAGUUCUUUAUUCUCCAAAGCACCCCAUUUUCCACAUUUGCCCAACACUCAGCAACAUUGAGCAUGUUGUGUUUUCUGCCUACACCCUGUUCUCUGACCUGUCAGCUUACUUUUCUUUCCAUUGAUGUGUGUUUGAACACGUUUCUCCAAAUGUUAAACCUGUUUCCGAUAAUAAAUAUCAAAAACUCUG